AUGUCUGGGAGCAAGUCAUUUGGAUAUCGUGACGGCAUUGCUAUUGCUCAAAUAGUGGCAUUUUCGUUCCCUCUGUUCGGCGCUAUAUACUUUAAAUUCCACCAUCAACUUGGGUGGUUCUGCAUCGGUGUCUUCACAAUCCUCAGACUCAUCAGUGCGAGCUGCAAGCUUACUCUGAUCCGGCAUGACUCUCACGGGCUUCGGGCUGCUAUUCUCGUUUGUGAGUCUCUUGGAAUGAUUCUUAUCAUAUUUCUUUUGCUGGAGAUGCUUGAGAGGAUAAAUCGAGUCGUCUCCGUUGCAGCUGCAAAAAUAUUUUGGAUCCCAUCGAUCAUCACCUGGAUAGACAUCGCGAUCUCAAUCGCCGGGUGGGUCGCUGUCAUGCAUGUCGAACAUCCCCUCGCCCCGACGCCUUACAGUCAAGCCAGUAUGGCCCUGUUGACUGUCAUAUAUCUAUAUUUGGUUGGUGUGUUUGCCAUUUUCUGGCAUCGACGGAACGAAUACUGCGAAGAAGAGCGCUGGGCAUUAAAGGGCGUGACAAUUUGCAUCCCUUUACUCGCAAUCCGCUUGGCAUACUCAUUGAUCUUUAUAAUUACGGGAGAUAUGGACUUCAAUGCUAUCAAGGGCAACUCUACUGCCUACUUGGUUAUGACGAUGCUGCCCGAGGUUGCUAUCAUCGGUGUGUGUACUUAUGUCAUUGGGGUGAAGAUUACACCACUGCGUCAACGUGGAAAACAGCUUUCGCAGAGGUUGGAAGAUCCGAAAAGUCAACGUGGUAUGUCUAUGGAAUGA